CCAGCUCCAUGUCUGCACUGCAGCAGAGCAAAGCUGAGUCCUUGGCAGCACAUGGCCAGAGCUCCUGCUCGUCACAGCACCCUCAGAAAGCACCCUCAGAGCCUUUACUUGGAGGGGAUUUCCCUGAAAACUGCCCUGGCUUUGCUGAGAGGGGGCUGUCUUAAUUGUUCCCUGUGCUUUCCUUUUCUGAACAGACCCUGUCCUAAGGAACAGCAAAUGUCCAACAGCAGCUCCCUCAUCCAGUUCCUCCUCCUGGCAUUCACAGACAGGCAGGAGCUGCAGCUCCUGCACUUCUGGCUCUUCCUGGUCAUCUCCCUGGCUGCCCUCCUGGCCAACAGCCUCAUCCUCAGCGCUGUAGCCUGCGACCACCACCUGCACACCCCCAUGGGCUUCUUCCUGCUCAACCUCUCCCUCACAGACCUGGGCUGCAUCUGCACCACUGUCCCCAAAGCCAUGCACAAUUCCCUCCAUAGCACCACAACCAUCUCCUACAUGGGAUGUGCUGCACAGGUCUUUCUGCUCUUCUUCUUCCUUGGAACAGAGUUUUCCCUCCUCACCAUCAUGUGCUACGACCGCUACGUUGCCAUCUGCAAACCCCUGCACUACGGGACCCUCCUGGGCAGCAGAGCUUGUGCCCACAUGGCAGCAGAUGCCUGGGCCGCUGGGUUUCUCAGUGCUCUGCUGCACACAGCCAAUAUAUUUUCCCUGCCCCUGUGCCAGGGCAAUGUCUUGGGCCAGUUCUCCUGUGAGGUUCCCCAGAUUCUCAAGCUCUCAUGCUCCAAAUCCUACGCCAGGGAACUUUUACUGUUUAGUGCCUGUUUAACAUUUGGUUGUUUCAUUUUCAUUGUUUUGUCCUAUGUGCAGAUCUUCAGGGCUGUGCUGAAGAUCCCCUCUGAGCAGGGACGGCACAAAGCCUUUUCUACGUGCCUCCCUCAUCUGGCUGUGGUCUCCCUGUUUGUCAGCACUGCCACAUUUGCCUACCUGAAGCCUCCCUCCAUCUCCUCCCCAUCCCUAGAUCUGAUUGUGUCAGUUCCGUACUCGGUGGUGCCUCCAGCACUGAACCCCCUCAUCUACAGCCUGAGGAACCAGGAGCUCAAGGAUGCCAUGAGGAAAAUGAUGAUCAGAUGCUUUUCAGGAGUAACAACCUGCCUCUCUUCUGCAGAACACUCAUUCUGUGACCCUUUACUGGCCCAGCCUGCUUUCUAA